CAACUUGUGUCAUAUAGCUUGCUCCUGUUCCGCUUCAAGGCGCAUUUUGAAUGAUAGCUACCGACAGUCACCGUCGCUGCGCACAAGCAUGCGACAACACCUACUAGAACGCGUAUUGAUACGCCGCUGAGUGGCUGUUGCAUUUGCAGCCAGCAGCGAGGGGCCAGCAGCACACGCAUGUCACGAGUCUAGCUUGUCACUACUCCGCCGGUACUCAGGUGGCACUACUCCGCCGGUACUCAGGUGGUUGCUUGCUUGCUCCAUUCAUUAGAGAAGGCGUGGUUGUCAGUGAUGCUGCUAGGUGACGCUGUGACAUCAUGCGCCAUAGCAGCAAGCCUUGGCGCUGUCCUGGUCCUGGCAUUGCGCUACCUCUUCUAUUCCCUAGUUUACGAGCGGAUACGCAUGUACCUGCGGAGGCGAUGCCCAGGCUAUGAAAUGUACACCCCUGUAGUGACAGAGGAGCUAUGGGAGGGUCUUGGGAUGUCGCUGCUCGUGGCACUUAGUUCAUGGGCCCUGUGGGCAGGCCACAACGCGCGCUGUCAUAUAGCUGACACCAGCGGCUGCCUGCUGGGCUGGCCCGACCAUUAUCACACGCCUGUGCUGGACGGGCUGUGGCUGGCGACCAUUGCCUGGUACAUGCAGAGCAGCGUUAAGCACUGGGUCGGGCUGGGCAGGGUGCAGGGCCUGGACACGGCGCUGCACCACGCCUUCUCGCUGGCGCUGCUGGCGCUGAGCUACAGCCUAGAGCUGCUGCGCGUGGGCCUGCUGGCGCACUGGCUGCUAACCGCCACGGCGCCGCUGCUGUCCGCCAGCAAGCUGCUGCAUUGCCUGGACGCGCCCGGGCGGGUGAAGAAGCCCUUCUUCGUGCUGUACGGCCUGGCGGUGCUGGCGACCCGCGUGCUGUUGGUGCCGCUGCUGCUGCUGCCGUGCACGCUGCGGGACCUGUGGCGCGUGCCGCUCAGCCGGCCAGCGGCCUACGCGGCCAAUGGGUUCUUGCUGCUACUGUACGGCAUUAGCUUGUUCUGGUUUGGCAGGCUGAUCGGCAUCUGGGUGACGGGUAAGCUGGACAGCCGGCCGCAGAUGGUCGUGAGCCCGGAGGUGCAGCGCUGGCAGAAACAUGAGUGAAUUGGCGGCCGGUGGCAGACCAUAUGGGACAGGCUUGCUGCUGCAUGGGGCGUAGUGCAUGUGGUUGUGCGCAGGAUUGUGGAGGGGACAAGUAGCAAGGCGUGUAGGCGCCCAAGCCAGCAUGUCUCAGCCUGUCUCAGCCUGUCUCAGCAUCUGCUGAAGUGGGGAUGCAGCGAUUAGUCCUGAUGCUACCCAGGUCGCUGAAGUGUGAGCGGGGAACGACGCGGCGUGUGAGGAAGGAGGGCAUGAUACCAAAAGCGAGUCUGGAGACAGAGCUGCUGCCGCUGCCGCGCCUGCCGUCUACGCUGCGCCUGCCGUCUACGCUGCGUUCUACGAGGAGGAGGAGGAGGAGGAGGAGGAGGAGGAGGAGGAGGAGGAGGAGGAGGAGGAGGAGGAGGAGGAGGAGGAGGAGGAGGAGGAGGAGGGCUGAUGAGCAGCAGGAGCGAACAGCAACCAGGAGACGGAGCAAUAGACUUGGAGCUGCUGUGUUGCAGGCAGGCGUGUGGGCGUUGUCAAGAGAGUUGUCGAGGGCGUGUGUUUCCACACGAACGAGUCGCCAGGGGCCCGCUGUAGUGCUGUGCUACAUGAGGCCCGGGUCAGAAUGGUUCGCCGCUGUUAGUGCUGACCCUUGCUCACAGGGUAGGCUGCUGAGUGUGUAGCGGGUGCACGGACCUUCGACGGUGCCGCCGAGUUGCUAGCUGUUGAAUUGUCUAGGGGGGCUAUCGGAUCCUGAACGCCAUUCCCCACCAUGACCAGCGUAUGUGAUUGCUGCCCGUGGCUGUGACAAUGCCGUGCAAGUGGGAGACCUGCCCCGCCAAGCAAGUAAAUGGCCGGCGGUGGGAUGCGGAAUCGGGGCGCCGUUUGUUGCCCUGGUCAAGAAGGAAAAAUGGGAAAAUUAAGAUGUAUGGCACCUCCCCCAUA